AUGCCGUUUCACCCAGUCACGCGGUGCAAGCAGCUGGUGGUGGCGGCGCGGAGGGAGCUGCACGGAGAGGUUGGAGCAGCUUUGCCUGUGGAUGUCUUAACAUACGAGGAAAAAACUCUGUCUGCCAUAUUAAGAGUUAUUAGCAGUGGCCUUGUUAAGCUUUGGAGUGCUCUAACACUGCUGGGCUCCUACCAGAACAGGAGGUGUGCCUUUCGAGUGCUGCAGACAUCUCCAUUUCUUCUGGCAUUAUCUGGCAACAGCAGAGAACUGGUCCUGGACUGA